AUGGCCCUGGUUUGAGGGGCGAGGGACACUGAGGCCCAGGCAUGGAGCUGCCGGCGCCAGUUCGCCAGCGACUGGGAAAUUUCAGCCGCACCGUGUUCAGCGACUCCAGCCGGACUGGGCCGGAAUACAAUGAAGGUCCGGAUAAUGAAAUGGUCUCCAGUUUGGCACUACAAAUGUCACUUUAUUUUAACACUUACUUUUUCCCACUUUGGUGGGUGAGCUGCAUUAUGAUGCUUCAGAUGAAGUAUUCAGUCUUGCCGGAUUACUACAAAUUCAUUGUGAUCACUGUUAUCAUCCUAGUAACCUUAAUCGAAGCCAUCCGGUUGUAUCUGGGCUACAUGGGGAACCUACAGGAGAAGGUUCCAGAGUUGGCUGGCUUUUGGCUUUUGAGUCUGCUGUUACAGUUGCCUUUAAUUCUUUUCUUGCUCUGCAAUCAAGGCCUAACAAAUCUACCCUUGGAGAAAGCAAUACAUAUCAUCUUCACUAUCUUCCUUACUUUCCAAGUCGUUUCAGCAUUUCUUACCUUGAGGAAAAUGGUCAAUCAGUUGGCAACUCGUUUCCACCUCCAAGACUUCGACCGGCUCUCUGCGAAUAGAGAUGAAAGGAGAAUGAGGUCAUGUGUAGAAGAGAUUUGACACAGUUCUGCUGAGUGAAAAAUCCAAAAAAUUGUCCGAGAAGACUACAAAAGUUAGGAAGACAUCAGAGAUCUAACAUGAGAAAAGGGACAAAAGAACUGUUUUGAAUUGUAUACUUUAAGAUUUUAAGACUGAGGGCAAUGGUCACUUUGUACAGCUCCUGAAAGCAGUAUAUUAAUUAACCUUACAACCUAGGUGUCCCCCUGCUGCCAAGUUUAUUUUCCUGAUGUUGACUUUUUCAGGUGCGUAGAAAUCUAUUAGUGGUUGUCACAUACUAGCUUUACUGUAGUAACUAGAAAUACGUAUAUUUCUUUUUAUUGUCAUUUAACGAUAUUUUGGCUAUGUAUCUGACCAUGUUUCUUGAAGCACAUGGAAAUGCUAAUCAAUAUUCUUGACUAUUGGACUAUAUUUAUAAACCAAUAGUUCAAAUUUUGAUGUCUGCUAGGGUCACAUUCUAACCUUAGAGACCUUAGCCUGUUAAUACUGAGGUUAAGACAAAAACAUGUGAAGGGCCAGCCUGUGGCCUGGUGGCUAAGGGAGCUGGAGUCCACAUAGCUGACAGCAUGGAUUAAGUUGUGGACCUUGCAGCUUGUAAAAUACACUGGAUGUGUGUGCACAUGUGUCCAAAAUCUCAAAAGGAGGGAGAAAUGGAGGAGAAGAGAUUAAGA